GUUUAUUUUUGUAGGGUUUGCAUUUUUCCUAUAUAACUAACCCCCUUGAGAGUUGAGAUGUUUCAUAAUUAUCCCUACUCUACUCUACUUUGUUAAUUAAUGAGAUUAUUUAUCGUCUCUUGUAUGGAAAUGAAUUACAUAUGGAGUGAGUGAAGGCUAAAGUCUUUUUUAUUUAGUAAAUAUUAUCAAUUUUUUCCAUCCUUGCCUUCAACGAAUUCGAGUACUUGUAGCCAACCAGUGCCUAAUUGCUCAUCAAUGAGAAAAAGGAUUACAAAUCUUCAGAGAGAUGCAACUGAACUUCAGGCCAUAGCCAUCCUUUGGCUUGCAAGAAUGGAAAUGGAAGAAAAAUUAAACAAUUCAAGAACUAGUAGUGUGGCACCAGUACCAUAUAUGCAAUUUCAGCUGCAUCGUCGAGGCAUCUCCUUAAAGAAAUCUCUACAGAGGUUUCUUCAGAAAAGAAAAGACCGGAUUCAAGCAGCCAUGCCUUACACCCACAAGAUCAGCACUUAUCGACACCGUUUAUGAACACAAAAUUACUUAAACCAGAACAAGUUAUCGCUGCUGCGAGUACUGAUCAUUAUCUCAAUGUUCAUUCAAAACUUAUUUACAUUUACCAGUAAUUAAUAACUUUGUAUUGCUCAAUUGAACCACCAUAACGAGUUUUUACAAUUUACAUCCCAAGAGAUUUGUUUAGAGAUAAUUCGACAAGAUCCCAUGUAAGUCAAGAAAUUGCUCAAAGUUCAAAGCUUGGUAAGAGAAAAAAAAAUUAGAUGGUUUA